CGAUCUACAGUAAUCAAACUAGCUAAACACAAAAAGCACAAAAUGGAUACAAAAAGGCAAGCAUUGCUACUUCUGUUAGUCUUAACAAUAUUUCCCUUCACUAUCAAAGCAUCUUCAAGUGGUGGCAUUGCCAUCUACUGGGGCCAAAACCUAGGAGAUGGCACCUUGACAUCAACAUGUGACACUGGUAAUUACGAGAUUGUACUCUUAGCUUUCCUCAAUGUCUUUGGAGGAGGAAGAGUCCCAAGUUGGAACUUUGCAGGUCAUUGUGGUGACUGGAGCCCUUGCACAAAACUCGAACCCGAAAUAAAACAUUGUCAACAAAAAGGUGUCAAAGUUUUACUUUCCCUUGGAGGUGCAAUUGGAUCUUACUCCCUUAGCUCACCAGAGGAUGCUAAAAAUGUUGCUGAUUAUCUAAAUGCUAAGUUCCUUAGUGGUCAAUCCGGUCCACUUGGAAGUGUUACCUUAGAUGGAAUUGAUUUUGACAUUGAAGGAGGUACAAAUCUUUACUGGGAUGACCUUGCUAGGGAACUUGACAACCUAAGACAACAAAACAGUUACUUUUACUUGUCUGCGGCACCCCAAUGUCCUAGGCCAGAUCACUACCUUGACAAAGCUAUUAAAACUGGCUUGUUUGAUUAUGUACUUGUUCAAUUCUACAAUAACCCUUCAUGUCAAUAUAAUCAAGCAAAUGGGGAUGCUACAGACCUCUUAAAAUCAUGGAAUGAUUGGACAUCUUCAGUUCUACCAAAUAAUACCGUUUUCAUGGGACUACCAGCAUCACCUGAUGCAGCUGGUAAUGGUUAUAUACCACCAAAUGAUCUCAUUUCUAAGGUUCUUCCUAUCAUUAAACAGACUUCAAACUAUGGAGGAGUUAUGCUUUGGGAUAGAUUUCAUGAUGUUGGAAAUGAUUACAGCAAUCAGAUAAAGAAGUAUGUUAAACGACCUGUUCUUCGAUUUGUGACAAAAGUUUCCGAGGCAAUAGUUGGAUCUAUCUCAGCAUCUUUGAACUCCAUGUUUCCGAAUUAAAUCAUAUUAUACGCGUAGUUUACUAUAUAUGUAUGAGUAUGGAAUAAGACAAAACUCAGAUCCUGUACGACCAACUUUACGAUGGUUAUAGAUCGUUAGAUUAAGAAAGAAAAAUGAGCAGGAUCACUUAUUAUGUAAGUACCUUUAUGCUUAUUAUGUACCUGUUACACUUUGAUUCCCUCUGGUUUCAUGUAACCCUUGGGAAUCAAAGCAUCUUAACUUAUGUAUGUACUGGAAGUCACUUUGAAAUUUGAAUAAAAUUGAAUUGCGCGUUUUCAA